UUGAAUUGAACUGCGCUACUUCCAUUGUAAACCCAGCCACUCAAGAAAAAAGAAAUGCGAGAACCAGAGAUGCAAUCGACGCAGGGUUUGAUUCCGUGGAGCUUCGAAACGAAUUGGGUCGUCGCUCGCGGGUCUCUCGAAGCUUCCGUCGCCGUCGAGUCGUCCGAUUACCCGAUCCCUGAACUCGACCCGGAAACCCCGGCUCCGAAAUCGCCUCUCGUUCUGAAGCCCCCUGUGCCAGAUUCAGCCCCCUGUGAAAUCAAGAUUUCUUUUCAGCAGAAGUAUGAUAUCAGCCAGAUUUAUGUUCGCAGCACUGCUCGUUUGUAUGAAGUCUAUUACGCGCAAUCUCCUAAUAGCAAGAAUGAGUAUCUCUGUACUGUUCGGUGUGGUGUCGCUGAAAGAGACGAAACUUUACUCCAAACAAAUUGGAUCGAAGAAGUUGCAGAAAAGCAUGGCGAGCGUGCAGUGGGGGAACUAACUGAAGAAGCUGUUAUCGACGAGCCAAGUCCUGCCACCAGUGAAGAUGGUUGGGUUAAGAUUAAAUCCCCGGAGGUUGAACAAGAUACUCUGCCAGAACAGAUUUAUAACAGCGGCAUGAAACAUGUACAGGAUCUCUAUGAGGCUACGGCACAAAUAAGUGAUGCUGAUCCGUGCUCUUUGCUUACAAUUCGAUUUCUGUCACUUCAAGACAAAGGGCAAGUAUACGUUGACGAAGUGUAUGUAUUUGUGGACCCUGCGGAGUCAUCUGAUUCUGGAAACGAGUCAAUCCUGGCAGCGAGCUCGACUCAGAGUUCUCUAAUGGCCAUGUUUGUCCCCACGCUUCUGCAAUUAGCAAGAUCAGGUGGCACCACCCGAGUUCAAGAUAAACACGCUUCUAAUGAAGUGCUUAAUGGUGAUAAUAGCAAGGAAACGGGGUCGAAGAAAAUUGAUGAGCCUGAAGUUCGACCGGAAACGAACCAAGUUCCUCAGAAAAAUGUGAAUCCGACAGAACUUGCGCAACACACUUUGGCAGAGAAAUGUGUCGAGCCAGUAAAAUCAAAUGAUUUGCCACUCGGAAAUCUUGAAACAUCUAUGGAACAGCUUAUUUCUCGAGUGAGCAGAAUGGAAGAUUUUUUUGUGAGGUUCGAAGAGAAAAUGCUGAAGCCCAUAGAAAGAAUAGAUGCAAGGCUUCAAAAAGUUGAGGAUCAACUCGAAAAACUUGCCAAGAAUUCUCAGUGUUUCGGUUCGCCACAUUGCACAAGAUUCACGGCUCCUCAAUUCUCGUGCAGUGAAUCGAACUCGAGCUCAUUCCACAACGAGCAGAGUGAUAAUCCACCUUGUGGGGCAUCAGAACCUGAAAAGAAGGAUAUUACUUCGAGUAAUAGUACGCCUGAAUUUUCCGAUGAUGCAAAUCUUCACCCUGGACUUGUUGUUAGCGCACCUGAGUUUUCUUGUGGGGAAGAAGAAGAUGAAGUAGAAUGCGAUGAUUUGAAACCAAUGAACGAACCAAAGAAGACUUUGUCAAUUAACGAUGCUUUAGCAGCAGCACUUACUGGACUUCUAUCGUCUGCUAUAACUAAUCCUUCUGAACCUAAUCAAAUAACUUCAAAUAGUGGAGCACGUGAGCUAAACCAAUAUCCCGAACAUUCCGAUUCUUGUCAAACCGAAGUUCAAGAAUUAGCUGCUGCAGAAAAUGACGAUAAAGACCUUCCCCGAUAUGCCCAGGUUCUUACUGUUAAGGCUCCUGAUUUUACGACGGACGAAAAUAGCGAUUUUACUACAGAGGAAAGCGAAAGUCUAUUUACUUCUGCAGACUCGUCUCAUUUUGAAAAAAACGAGAGUACAUGUGGCACAAAUUUUGCUAUCGGAGACUUGAAUGAAAGUUUUGAAGUAAAUACAAUAGAGGGUUAUUUUGGAGGGGAUAAUGUGGACACAAGUAAUGACGAAACAAAUCCAGAGAAAAUAAUAGACGAUGAGGAAAUUGCUUCGGGACAUGUUUUAGCACAUCGAGACGAUGCAACUGAAGUUCUUCUAGAAGGUUCUCUCUCGGAUUCUUGUGGCGGUUCUUCUUCUGUCGUGGACUUUGAGUUUCCUAUUCUGGAAGUGAAAUUCACUUCUGACGUGUGUACCGAGGGUAAGUGCCCCCUUGAAGCACUGUUAGAUGGAGUAGCAGAAUCGAAAACUGAUGAUGGCAGUACCGAGGAAACGAAAGCUUUUAAUACUGAUGGUAAUGAAAAGACGGAUCUUUUGGUAGAUGUGGAAGUUUCGUCUGCUAAUGAAGGCUCGUCGGAUUUGGACGGUGGAUCGCAGAAUCUGUCUACUCAAAGCAGCCAAGAAAUGAAUGUGAGUCUUAUAUAAUAAUGUUUUUGAGGAAUAUUAUGUUAGGAUGUAUAUUGUAGAUGAAGGCAGAACCACUAUUGCAAAUAAUGUUUUACUAUUGCACCCUUGAAAUAUACCAUUUUGGCACUUUGCACCCUCGGAAAUAAUUUGUGGCGCUUUUGCACUCUCGGAACAUCUUGUAGUCGUUCAAAUUGCACCAUUGUUUAUUUUUCGUCAUGAAUCUCCAUUGUUUUGAACGAUUAAACAUAUUUUGAGGGUGCAAAGUGCCAAAAAUUAUUUUGGGGGUGCAAAGUGUCAAAAUGGUACAUUUCAAGG